CAGAGCAUCACGUACAUAAUUCUAAAGAUGUAAAUGACGGGAAACGACUACAUUCAGCUCAUUACGAAACAUAAGAUUGUGACGAAGAACAGGUCAGCAGAUCUUUUGUAUUAAGGCAUCUUCAGCUGGGGAUUGAAAGAGAUGAAACAAGACCAAAUUGUCAGCCUUAAUGUAGGAGGCAAAUACUACAUGACAAGUGUAUCUACUCUGACUACCUAUCCCGACUCAAUGAUCGGAAGUAUGUUCAGUGGACGAUUCCCGAAAGUAAGGGACAAUCAAGGCAAUUACGUAAUAGACCGUGAUGGCAAAAUAUUUCGCUACAUCCUGAACUUCUUGCGUACCGCGCAACUUUGUCUCCCAGAGCGCUUUGCUGAAUGGGAUCUGCUGGAGGCGGAGGCGGAUUUUUACCAGAUUGCGCAGCUAUCUGAAGCAAUUUUAACUGCUAAAGAAAGCCGUGGCUUGUAUUGCAGUAAUGUGACAUUCGAAUUAGAACAGCGCAAACACUGGGGUGGGCUCACGGAGUGGUAUGGGUACACGGACUCUAAUAUUAUACGUUCUAUGCCAAAAUUGAGCCGUGAUGAUGAUAAUCGACUUAUUUGCAACUUGUGCAAAGUUGACGAGGAGUCACUUCGUGCAGGGAUAUGCAAAUGCAAAGACCCAUUUAAACGAUUUUUCCAAGAAAUCAGCAAUGCUGGCUUUCGCUACUGCUCUUCUGUGGCAGAAAAUCUAAGAAAAAGUGAAGAAAUUGUUGUAUGGACAUUCUGUCGUGGACCAUUAUAUUCUCAGUAAAUGAUUUGUACAACUUGUUUAAUGUAUAUUCCAUAUGAGCGGUUAGGUCUCAUUUUAAUGCAGAACACGCCUGAAAUUCGCUUGUGUUCAUCUUUCAAGGCACAUUGCAGGCCGGCGUUUUGUCUGCCUACACCCAGGAUUAUAGAGGGUACUCUUAGGAUGCCCAGCUCUGUCGUCAGAGAAAAAGAAAAGCCUACAUCGAUUUGUCAGUUUUAGUCUCGCAAUAACUGUUUAAGCCUUAAUUAUUCUAAAAAUGAUUAUAAAUGCGUACCGGUACCUCUUUUAGGAUGUUGUCAGACAAAAUUGCUCUUCGUGUCUACACUGCAUUGUCAGCGACUUAAGAGUCUCACAUAGGAACGUGCUGUUUAAGACGUAAAUCAUAAAAAUAUAAAUAUCGAAAAAAUAAAUGAUCAAUCAGUAAUCACCACCGUCACCAUCAUAAUUUAAGAUUUGUGCACGUACAGGCCCUGGAAUGAAAGAAUGGAUUGAAAUAAAACUUUGCACACCAUGCACAGAACAUUAUAAAGAGCAAGCUUAUAUCUCUUUACACAUACUGUAAGCCAAAGUAUGAGCGAAACCUGAUUUCAGGCUGAAAUGAAUAGGCCUAUUUGUCACGUCACAAAACCAUUGGUGAUCGAUCAGUACGGUACCGGUACGCCGUAUUUAUUUUAGUCUCUUGGUGGGUGGACAAAACAAAGUACCGGUACUGAAGUAUAAUUUUAACUUAUUAGUAUUCUAGCUAGGCCUAUAGCAUAAGCAAAUUCUAUAUUUAUUUUUGUUAAUGAUAACAGAAAGUUUUGCAAAUAAAGUUUAGUGUG